CUCUCGGACAUCAAUCAGCCCCGCGGCCCCGAAGCACGGCCACCUGUCCACGCAGGACGCCAGGAACGAGGAGGGGAUAGAAACGCCAGGAUUGAUGCUGCUGAGCCGAGACUGUGAAGCCAGAGGGGAGCCGAGACCGGUGACAUUUUUCUGCUCAAUGAGAGCAAGAGGGCACCGGACUGUCAAUUCGGAAGCAGCUGCCGUGCGUCGCCUCCAUCCAAAGAGGUUAAUAUGAAGGCAACAUUCGGCAAGCCAGAUCCAGGAAAGUGCCAGCAGUUUUUUCAACGCGUUUGAGGCCAAAACCAUGCCCCAUCUUCGGUAAAACCCUAGCGACUUCCCCCCUCUAAUCCAAGCCAACGAGAGCGAGGCAGAAAUGGGUCCGGUGGCGGCACUGCCGUGCAAGCGGAGGGGUCAGCGGAGAAAACUCCGGCCCGUGCGGAUCUUCGGUUUGGUGGUUAGCCUGCUGGCCGUAAGUGCCGUCUCCGUCGGUGCCUUGACGUGGAACUCGGCGGACCCUCCGGAGAGCGAGUUGGCGCCCCGCAGGACUUUACUCUUCAGCCGGCAGCGCGACGAGACCAACGGCUCGGCCGACGGGCCCAUCGCCAUGAAAUCCACUGGCAACGCGAGCCAAGGGGAGUACCCGACGGAUCUUUUCGACCUCCAGCAGAGACGCAAAGGCGCGGUGGUCCUCCACAUGUUCGGCAUGAUCUACAUGUUCAUCGCCUUGGCCAUCGUUUGCGACGAGUUCUUCGUGCCGGCGCUGACGGUCAUCACCGAGAAGCUGGGCAUCUCGGACGACGUGGCCGGCGCCACCUUCAUGGCGGCGGGCGGCUCGGCCCCCGAGCUCUUCACCUCUAUCAUCGGCGUCUUCAUCUCGCACAGCAACGUGGGCAUCGGCACCAUCGUGGGUUCGGCCGUCUUCAACAUCCUCUUCGUCAUCGGCAUGUGCGCCAUCUUCUCCAAGGAGAUCCUCAACCUGACGUGGUGGCCGCUCUUCCGCGACGUCUCCUUCUACAUCCUGGACCUCAUCCUGCUCAUCGUUUUCUUCCUGGACAACUUCAUCUCGGUGGGGGAGAGCAUCACGCUGCUCUCGGGCUACGCCGCCUACGUCAUCUUCAUGAAGUUUAACAGCACAGUGGAGGGCUUCGUCAAAGGCUGCAUGAACAAGAACCAAGUGGUGGAGGUGGAGGUGCAACCCAAGGAUGAGAAGGCCAGUCCCGUUGCGCCCGAAGAUGACGGCAAGUUGUCGGCCAGACCUCGACUUCAGAGGGGAGGUAGCUCCGCCUCCCUGCACAACAGCUUGAUGAGGAACAGCAUUUUCCAGCUCAUGAUUCACACCUUGGACCCUUUGAGUGAAGAAUUUGCAGAUUCCGAGCUUGGGACUUAUGGGAAACUAAAAUAUUAUCACUCAAUGACUGAGGAAGGGAAAUUCCGAGAGAAAGCGUCUAUUCUUCACAAGAUCGCCAAAAAGAAAUGCCAGGUAGAAGACAGUGAGAAAGCCAAUGGCGUUGCCAGCCGCUCAGAUAAGAACCUGCCAAACAGCUCCAGCGUGCAAGUGGAGGUGACCCCGCCCAUGAACGGCACGGCGGGCCAAGAGGGCGAAGCGGCCGAAGACGAGGAAGAAGACGACCAGCCUCUCAGCCUCUCCUGGCCCGAGUCUGGCCGCAAGCGCUUCACCUACCUCUUCAUCAUGCCCAUCGUCCUGCCCCUGUGGUUGACAUUGCCCGACGUCAGGAAACCGUCAUCCAAGAAGUUCUUCCCCAUCACCUUCCUGGGCGCCAUCUGCUGGAUCGCGGCGUUCUCCUAUCUGAUGGUUUGGUGGGCUCACCAGGUUGGAGAGACCAUCGGGAUUACAGAGGAGAUUAUGGGCCUGACUAUAUUAGCGGCCGGAACCUCCAUCCCUGACCUCAUCACCAGUGUCAUCGUGGCACGCAAGGGCCUCGGUGACAUGGCCGUAUCCAGCUCUGUCGGGUCCAACAUUUUUGACAUCACCGUCGGACUUCCCUUCCCGUGGCUGAUGUGGUCCAUGUUUAGCGGCUUGCAGCCGGUGGUGGUGAGCUCCAACGGCCUCUUCUGUGCCAUCGUGCUGCUCUUCCUCAUGCUCCUCUUCGUCAUCAUCUCCAUCGCCGCCUGCAAAUGGCGUAUGAGCAAGCUGCUGGGUUUCAUCAUGUUCAUGCUCUACUUCGUCUUCCUGGUGGUCAGCGUCAUGCUGGAGGACCGGGUGCUCAUCUGUCCAGUGUCGGUGUGAGGCCGAGACUCCGCCCCCCCUCCUUUCCCUCCCUUAUGGACAACAUCCAUCCUCAUUGGCUCUCCUGUACGGGGGAUUAAAGAAGGAGUGAGGUGGAAAACGCCGAUAAGUGGCGCAAAAAUUGCUCUUACCCGAGUGGAUUUUCUGUGUUGUUUAAUUAGCAGGUAGGGGGAAGGGUGCGUCAUGGCCGCACCGGGCUAAUCUAGAAGCAUUAUGCAUGCCGUUAGCGUCAUUAGAUCAGGCUUAACAAGACUGGUUGAGGAGAAGGACCUCCUGUGAACUUUGCGACUUUGAGACAUAAAGAAAUACAUAUAACGACAAGACGGAAGACCUUCCUACUCACUCUGCACCUCCUUCAAAAAUGACUUCAUUCUUCAGGAUUCUUUUUUUCCAAGUCAAACACUUUUACAUGAAAUAGUUAGCGGUAGCAUAGACGUACUGUAGCAGGUCAAUCUGCUCCCUCUGAUUGUAGAUAACGCAUCACGUAAUGCUAACGAAGGUUAGCGAGGCAAAAAACAUCCAUUUGAAAAGAACUUCUCGUCACCAUUGAUAGAUUAGUCGGCGUGUAGCGCUUGGGGCUCGAGUCACAGCUGCAUGGAAGAUGAAAAAGACUCGCGGGUGAAUCUUAAUAAUCCACAUUUAAGCAACUCGUAUACCAAAACGUACACUUUUCCACCAUGUUUCACCACACGCAGACUGUCUCGACGUAGAAAACGCAUCAGCUCAGUGAUAUAGUCGAAUUCACCUUUAUCUAUCAAUAGAUGCUCGAUGCUGGAAUAGAUUAAAAAAUCACCAUCUCCGAGACUAGAAUGUGGAUUAAACAGCAAUAUACGUGUUGUCGUACGUCCGCCCUACACCGACUUUUGUAUUAAUAAAAAAAUAGAGAUGCCCGCUUUUACUUCUAACCUCUGUACAGCAUCUUAGUGGCAAAUGACGUGUAUUUGAGUGUUGCGGGUAAAGUACUUGCGAUUUUUUUCGGGCUGGUUACCCACCGACUUCAUUUUUAUGCAUUCGAUCGGAAAAGGACACAGGUUUUACUUUGUAAAUAUCCUUUUAAUUCCAGAGAGCAAAACCAGUUCAUCUAGGGUUUUUAUUUUUACUCACGUCAAGGACGUUUUUUUUUUCUUUUCAUGUUUUGAA